AUGUGGGAGGCCAUCACCGGCCAUGCCGUCGACCACAAGCGGAUACCCCGCUCCGAGUGGGUGCUCCUGCUCGGCAUCGCAUCCAGCGGCCCCCGUGGCAUCCUGCAAGGCGAUCUCGGGCGGCUUGUCGUGCAAGACAAGCGCUCUGUGCCUAAGCGAACCGAUUCACUUGUCCGCAAGGGCUACAUCAUCAAGAGGACCACACUCGUUCGUGGGACCAAAACAAGUAAGAUGUGGCUGAAGCACUUGGCUCCAUCCUUGCCCAAGGAAAGCGACUCGAUCAGCCGGCCAGUGCCCGAAAUGACAUUGACUCGUCAGGCCUUGGCCGACAAUCUCGAUCCUGUACCCUGGCAUAUCCGCUGGACCGGCACAGAUGUCGAUUACACUGCUUUGGCAACGACUAUCAUGGCCAUCGCCAAGGAGUGGGAAGUGAUACGCAUGCAAGAUCUCAAAGCGAAGCUGGGUAUCCUCGAGAUGCGGUGGCAAAUGAAAGUCAUGUCCAAGACUUGCCGGUUUCUCGGUUCGCGCGGUACGAUACAGUAUGUUGCAGCCAAGCUCGAGAACAAAGUGUUCAAGGACUGCAUCAAGUUCUGUCGCGAACUCGAUGCCGAAGAUUGGUCCCUAUUCUUGGCGACGGGGAGAAAGGCCGGCAGGCCGUCGAGGAACGCGGCGGAGGACGAUCUGGGCGAUGAGGAUAUCGCUCGACGUGCCAGUAGCCUCCGACUCAGCUCUUUGCCCCCAUGGGCCCCGGACAAACCUCUGCCUUGGACUAUCGCGAGGCUGGUGCAGGCGUCUAGGGACAAUGGGCUGUCAAACCCAGAUAUCUAUUCGCUCACUCUUGGCGCGACCUUUAAUCGCUUCCUGUCAGCCAUGACUGGAUCUAUGGCCACGACGGGCCUGCAGCCCGCCCACCUCAGACACAUGCAGCUACGGAGCGAGCACGCCAGAUCAGGCAAGGUGGCAUCGUAUCUCUUCUUCCCUCAGACCAAGGCCAACGAGGCGCCCUUACAGUCCGUAAACGUGGAAGAAACGCCCGUGGAAGAUGCACAGGGUUACCGCUUUGGACCCCCGCCUAAGGUGCCCAUGAAAACCUCGACGCAAUUAUCACUCGCGAGGAUUUGUGGAGUUCGUUUGAAGGCGAAGAAGCCUUCACGCUCCACCCAACGAACAACGCCUUCAGGCGAAUCCCCGGGAUCGCAGGACGAAGUCCGUCCGGAAACCCCGGCCGACACAGCUACAGCUCAGGCAGAGAAUGAGAGGCCAAAACUUGUGGUCAAGCUCAUGCUUUCCCCAGAAGCCCUUCGCGCUGCCCUGACUCUGGAGAUUCCCCCUCCAUCUCCUGCUCCAGACGGGCGUGCCGAUGAGCCACAAAAUGAGGCGGAUAAGGAGCUUACCAGUCAACCAGAAGCUGUCGGGGACGUUACGGAACAUGCCACCGAUGUUGCGACCUCGCCAUCAGUAGCUGCCAGAGGCCGGGGUUCGGGUCGCGCUCGCGGGCGCCCUCGAGGUCGCGGCCGUGGCAAGCGCGGCCGAGGAGGACAGUCGACAGGAUCUGUCCGUGAAGACGAGCCACCUUCACGGCCGUGGACAUGCGAGAAGUGCGGCGGUAGCUGGAAGAAUGAUCUGGGCCUGAAGUACCACUUGGAGAAGUCAAGAUCAUCCUGCAACACUUCUUACGUCCCUCCCGCCGUUCCCGCCGGCCGGCGUACGAAGGCUAAGGCGUCCUCUUACUCGACAACAUUGGAAGCCUUCUAUGAGAGCGAUUCGGUGAGAGGCGAGGGUACACCUGACGCAAGUGCUCCUUCUGUCUCCGAUGAGCCCCUGGCUCCCAGAACCAGAAUCAAGAGACGGCAAUCCCCCGAGGAGCUGCUGGAUAGCCGCCCGGCUACCAACGACGAUGCUGCAGAAGGUUCGCAUACAACGCCCAUGGCGCCACUCAAGAACCUAACCACACUGGUCGAAGAACAAGGUCCAUUUGUUCCAGCGAAGACUGGGCAAGGGGCACUUCUAGAGACCGAGGCCAGCUUGCCUCGACACAACUUGGCGCUCAUGAGCAAUAGCCCUUUAAGCGCACCUGUUCAUGCGUAUCCGCCAACUCCAAGUGACUUUGUCAGCCAGAUAGGCCAGCCUGAAGGAUCCGGAUCCGUCUCAGCCACCCCUGGCCUCGAAGCCGAGUCAACGAUGACAGGCAGGGAGAACAAAAGGGGGGAUGGUAGCCAUCAUCGCCGCAACAGAACUACCAAGGUUAAGGUUAUGUUGAAUCGAAUAUCCAACAUCAUCGAAAACCUUCUGGAAGAACGCGGCGGUGCACUCUUGGGCGGUUCGACCCUUGCGCAGGACGUCGCUUCCUCGUGGAACGCUCUUUUCCCUGCCGAACAAACUCCUUCGGAAAGGGACUGCCAGACCACAGCGAGAGACAUGAUCAAGAGGAAGGCUGUCGCUGAACACUGGCAUGCCUUUCGCGACGAAAAAGGCAUGUUUUCAAAAUGCCAGCUCAUUACUCGGCCUAAUCUCGAUGCCUUCGCGCCAGAGUCUUUGCGCCUGAUCGAGCAGCUGAAGAUGGGAGACGGGCCGUUUCGAAACACGAUGGUAGGCCAGGACAAAAAACCCGAUCUCGACGCCUCAGCUGGUACAAAGAUCCGUGGACGUCGACCUUUGCCCGAGGAGGUGGCAAUUCUGGACGCCCCUGUCUAUGCUGCGCAGCUGGCGGCAAAAAGAGCUGGGGACACUGAGAGCCCUCGCCGUGUGAAACGGUACAAGUACUCUGUGGACCCCAAAUCUGAGGAGGGAAACGGUCUUGGGACUCCCCCCAGGCGUCGCAGGGGCAGGAAACGCAAGAUUGGACAUGGCGAAUGGGACGACGGAUUUUCAAGCCCUUCAUAUGGAACUCAAGCGUCUACCCGAGGUAUCACGUUUCUGGAACCCAAUACACGCCUCGAUGACGACUUUGCGCCACAAGCAUCUACCGCCAGGGGUGAUACACCGUGGUCGCUCGGCCCUUUCACCUCUCGGCGUGGACAGGAAUCUGCGGAGCUACAGGCAUCGGAGCCUACCACCUACAAAUUUGGCGCAGCCACUCCAAUAGUCGGUUGCAGGGGCACUUGGCCCUGGUUCAGCAAUGCAGGAAUCGACAGCCUCGGCAGUAGCCUCAUUCUCGAAGGCUGGAUGCCGGAUAGGAAGUGGUUCGAAUGGUCCGCGAUUAACCACCAAAUCGAGGAACGGCUUGCAGCGUCGAAGCACAAGAAGUACACGCCGGGCUUGGCGAACACACCCCAUCAGCGAUUUCUUCGCAGGCUGCGUGCUUGCUUGGACGUGGAGUUGUCGCAUGAAUCUCACUUUGUCAAAGCUGCGCCCGGAGAGGCCGGUCCGUACAACAUCUUUGUCCGGUUUCACGCCGACCCAGAUGAAGGAGUCACUGGGGCUCUCCAUGAACUGGUCUGGCCAGCCAAGGAGCAGCUUACGCCGAAUUCAGUAAGGGACGGUUUGGCGAGCAAGGCAGAUGAUGCCGCCUCGUCCUCUUCUGAUGACGAUCUAGAGAUCAUUACUCGCCGGGCAAUUGCCAGUCAGGCACGAGCGUCAGCUGCCGAUGCUGGUAGCUGGGGCUCGAGACAACCAAAGAUCAAGCGUGUUGCCCUGGUGACUCGAGCUCUCACUGCCCUUUCCACACCUGGAGGCACUGCCGAAGUAGCCUCGACGGGCACCGCAAAGAUCGACAAUCGACCGGAGCUUUUGGCUGCCUUUAUUGCCAUCCGCUCGGUUCUAGGGGGCGCAGAUAAGGCAGUUGACUGGGGCCUGCUCAUGAAACUAUAUCCCCAUCUCGGUCUUGUGCAUCUGAGGAGAUUCUGGACAGCCGUUCGAAAGGAGCAGACGGCCUACGUCUCAAACUUCACCCGCAUUUUCCAAGAAAAGCUCCUCUCCGCGUUCGAAAGCGGUGAGCUUCCCGUCAUAGACUUUGACAAACCCCUUGAGUAUGAUUGGAGCGGGCUGAUACGUUGGACAAUGCAACUACCUCGGCAAGAUGGAUUCCAGAUGCCACGCUCAAGGGAGCUCCUUGACCAGCACUACUCUCUGGACGGGGUUCAGGGCAAGACCGAAGACUGGAGAGAGAGAUAUUUCCAUACCCUAACAUCAACGUAUACUCGCUUCGAGGCAAUCACAAUGGACUCUGGUGCGGUCACCAUCACGAGCGCAUCCAAUGGAGCGGUCGCAUGGCCUGCACUGGCUGUGACGGACUUUGACGUGGCAAAGUCCUGGGUCAAGUCGCUCUGCAGCACCGGAGAGACGCGAUAUUCAAGCGACCAGAUCAAGACCAAGUUUAACCAGCUGUGUCCGGGGAACAGGCAGCAACGGGCAGCAAUCUUUCGCCAGGCGACGUCUCAACUGACCGAUGAGAAAGUCAUUUGCCGGAGCAAGAAGGCCUUGCUUGGUGGUCGCCCGUACCGGCUGAACGAGUGGUACGUGUCGAAUUUGGCGAAGAUGGCCCAGACAGCAAAGUACGACGAGGCCGCCGCCUUCAAGGCGCAACUGGACGACGCCUUCCGCAGCCAGGGAUCGAUGGCAGUAGCGUACACUCUCAGCGAGGGCGCAGUGAUGGCUCUCACCAACUUGAACGGAGCCGGGAGAGUUAGGCUCGUCCCCGUGGGGCUUCCCGACAUCCCUCUCGGCUUCGAGCCGGGCAACUACGAAAGCCGCAAGUAUCCCAAGUCGUAUUACCACUUUGGGAUCGACGCGGUGCCGACGGAAUCUUACAAGUUCAACGAGGAGAUCGAUGUGCUGCGGGUUGCGCUGGCUGACGGACCACCGACGGGCCGUUCUGGGGGCGAGCUGCCUCAAUGGGUCGACUUCUUCGAAGCCAGCAACGUUCAGCUGUGGUCAGAGAUCCUUGGUGCGUUUUGCUUUGCGUUUGCGAUACGAGGCGCCAUGACCAGGGAGGGCAUCUGCAGCGCUCUUCACCCUACGCUGGACGAGUUUGAGGCCCAGCUCAUCAUGGAAUGGGGCCGAAGGACGGGCGUACUGGUGAGCACGAUGGACGGCAUGGCGACGACCGUUGGAGAGUGGUGGUGGCUUGUGGUUCCCUGGCUCCGCAACGGGCUUGCCGCGUAG